AUGAAGGCUGCCUUGCUUACUCUCUUCCUUUUCUUCGCCUUAGCAUCAGCCAACUGUGAUGACUUGCGUGACACUGAAGGCAACCCCAUCAGAAACGGUGGCUCAUACAACAUCCUCCCAGCACGGCAUGGAAACGGCGGCGGCCUCGACCUUGCUGCCACUGGCGGCGAAUCUUGCGCUGUUACCGUCGUUCAAGCCUUGUCAGAACAAUCCAACGGUGCGCCUACCAGACUUUCUUCUCCUUACAGAGUAGCUUAUCUCUCCCCAAACCUUAAUGUGGACCUCACCGCCGUAGCACCACCAAAGUGCGCGGCGCAACCGGCGAGAUGGACGAUCGUCGGCCGAGAAGAAGAGAAUAGGCAAGUGAAACUUGCGGGACAGCCAGACACCGUACGUGGUUCGUUUAGAAUUCAGACCCAUCGUGGUUUGACUUAUAAGAUUGUGUUCUGUGAGAGUGGUGAAGAGUCUUGCAGUGCUCUUGGGCUUUCCAACGACAAGAAAGGACACAGAAUUUUGUCUAUUAACGAUGAGAAUCCUUUAGUUGUCGUGUUUCGCAGGGCUCAAUCAUCUGCCGCCUAA